GCGGCCGGGGGAGGGCGCGGGUGCGGCGCGUGCGCGCGGCGGGACGAUGGAGCCGCCGGGCCCGCCGGCUGGGGAAGGGGACGAGCCGGAGCGGGAAGAGCCGGAGUCCGGCGGAGACAGCGGACACGUGUCGCAGAGCGCAAGCGGCCUGCCCGGCCCGGACGGCUGGGACCGGCCCGCCUCCCGGCCGCUGCUCCGACAAGCGGCCGCCGCCCUCGCCGCCUCCCUCUUGGCCCGGGACCAAGGGGGCGGCCCGGAGGUGCAACGCUUAGACAAGAGCCUGGAGGACCUGCUGACCAGAGUGGACGAGUUCGUGGGGUUGCUGGACAUGAUUCGCAGCGACUCGUCACAGGUGGUUAACGAGAGCCUGCCCGCCAUUCACACGAAGGCCACGGAAAUGAGGCAGAUCUACCGGAAGAUCGACAAACUGGAGGCCUUCGUGAGAACCCUGGGCUGCAGCGUGGCAGGGAUGGAGGAGCAAGUCACCAAGGCGGAGUCCGGCCGCGGCGCCUUCAGAAAGCUCCUGCACGGCCUCGGCGUGCCGGCCUUCCUCUCGAAGGCGUCUCCCACGAAGCCCCAGCCCAGCCCCUACGAACCUCCCGCCCUUUUCAGGACCGAAGACUAUUUUCCUCGCAGCGACCGGGGACCCCCUACCUGACUCCGUCUCCACGUUUUCCGGAAACGCGCUUGGAGCGAGAAGCCUCUCGGCGGGGGGUGAGGGAGGGGGGAAAGGGCAUGACCAGACCCUGCAGCCAACUCAGGAAACAGCGGGACCUUUUUUGUUAUUUCGGGGGAGGGCCGGGGCAGCGUCUUCCCAAAAACGUUAAGCCGCAAAGCCUUAGCGGAGGGCCCCGGGUGGCCACGCUUCCUCUAAAACCAGUAGUCCAAGAGCUCAACCCCAACUGCCACUUCAGUAUUUUUGCAUCUGAAAUGGGGAACAGUAUUAAAUCCGCCUUAGGAAAAGCUGCUGCGCUUAAGCAAGAUAAGGAUUCAGCUGUAUUUAUUAACCACCCGGAAGGUUGACGAGGGCUCUCUACGGCCCGUCUUUGGAAGGGCCGGACGUCCGUAUUCCACCGUCUGUCUGGGUGGGAAAAACCUCGGCAAACUAUGCAAGUCCUCCAACGGGGGAAUCCUCGUAGCCUCGAGUGAGACAGGGUUCAUUUUGCAAAUAAUUUCAAAGCGCUGUGUGUCGGCUCACUAGAGUUUCCCGUCGUUGCCGUUAAAAUUUAAGAAUCGCGUCUGCCUGGCCGGGCUCUUCGACGGGAGCCGCGAGCCGCCCGGCCUCGCUCGUUUUCCUCAAGCUCGGGGGGGAGGGGGCGGCUCGGCCUACAGCUGGCGACGGCCGUCGGGGAAAGGUCCCCUUCGGGAGGGAAAAGAAACCCGCCUUCCUCCAAGUCGGUAGGAAAAUAAUAUCAAGUUUUAAUUCAAAAUAAAGACACUUUGA